AUGUCAGGCUACGACUCCAACAAUGACUCCACGACCGGUGAGCCCCUGCUCAUUGGUGUCAUUGGAUUCAACUGCGCAUCCUGCAACUCAACCACUGUUCCGCAAUAUGAAUUGUCCUGUCAUGAAAGCGACGAUUUACAUUGCCGCGAUUGCUUGACUAAGAAAUGGUAUACUUCCAACGACGAGAUCGUUCGGUGUCCGCAUCGCGCUUGCGGCCAGAUCUGUGGCUUCAUGCCACUCAGACCUCUGUCUGAGGUACUGCACCUAGACAACCGCUUCUACGACACGGAGCGAAUCGAUAGAAUACGUCAACAGCCGGAGGUUAUGAACAAUCUGAUAGCUUUUACGAGAGAGGAAGCAGAGGUCGCACUACAACAGGUCUAUAGUUUCUUCGAGGAUCAGAUCUUGGACCCCGUCGCCCUCGGAGGUGUACCAGGUCAUGUUACAGAAGGCGCGCAGAACUCACUUCUAGCAAACUUCAGCUUCAAUCCAUUCUUUACGGGCUUGUUGGAGGAGUUGAAGGCCGCGCCUAAGCUCAUGACCACACCCUUGGAGCUUGAAGAGGACCUCAACCAAUUGCUUUCUCGGCUUCUCUACACAUAUGCAACGCAAUAUCAUGGGGACGAGUUAGCCAGACAGGGAGUCGAUUUGGAGCAUGAAGAAGCAGUACUUGGCGUGGCGCUGCAGAACUACAAACCCAUCAAGGAUAUCAAGGAAGUAUGGGCAGAGAUGAUCAAAAGAUGGGUUGACUUGCUGGCUUGGAGGCAUCUUGAGAGGCUUUCAUCACCAGAGGGUGGUGCUGCUGAGCGUCAGCAUUGA